UGAAUCUGAAAACCCUUGACAUGAAUAAUGAAGGAGUAGCAAAACAGUGUUGUCCCUGUGUAUCUGUAUUAGAGUGUUGUGUGUAAACUGAAAAACCAUGUCUCCAGGUCCCGUUAUUGACGCAGCUGCCGAGGCCGGUGCCGAUCUACAAGUUCCCUCCACCGAGGAGACAACCCUCAAGAAGAAACCUCAGCCGCAGGAAGACGACGCUCCCGUUGUUGAGGACGAUGAUGAGAAAGACGAAGCCGAUGACGAUGAAGACGACGAAGACGACGACGAUGACAAGGAAGACGGCGAUCAAGGUGCCACUGAUGGUUCAAAGCAGAGCAGAAGUGAGAAGAAGAGUCGAAAAGCAAUGUUGAAGUUGGGACUAAAACCUGUUACUGGCGUUAGUAGGGUAACAAUCAAGAGAACUAAAAAUAUUCUUUUUUACAUCUCAAAACCUGAUGUCUUCAAGAGUCCAAAUUCGGAGACCUACAUCAUAUUUGGGGAGGCAAAAAUAGAGGACUUGAGCUCUCAGUUGCAGAACCAAGCUGCUCAGCAGUUCAGGAUGCCAGAUAUGGGAUCUGUAAUGACAAAACCAGAUCAAGAUGCUGAGGCUGCAGGAGCACAGCCUGAUGAAGAAGAAGAGGAGGUUGAUGAAACCGGGGUUGAGCUCCAUGACAUUGAUUUGGUCAUGACCCAGGCAGGAGUGUCAAGGAGCAAGGCCGUCAAGGCUCUCAAGACUCACGACGGGGACAUUGUUGGUGCCAUCAUGGAGCUCACUACUUAAUUAUGCUUUACGUUCUAUUAGUAUUUGUUUUUUGUGGAUGAUUUUGGAACUAGUGCCAUCCUGAAGUUAUUGUAGUCAAACCAUAUCUCGGUCCAUAUGGUUGGGUUUACCUUAUAAUUUUGUUGCUCUCUAAAAUUUGUGAUACGACAUGAUGAUCAGUGAUCAUAUUGUUUUUGUUGUUUUUACUCAUAAUAGCCUUCUAUGAGCUCUAUUUUUUUGUCUCAUGA